GUCAAUGUAAACAAAUUGCGUACGUAUUUUUUGCAGUGUGCGUUCACGGCCGCGUCACAUGACCCGUUAAUCUUCGGUGUAUUUCCGCGUUGACGACGGCCGAGCUGUUAUCAAUGGCUCUCCGUGGGCUUGUGCGAGGUUGCACCUAGAGCAUCAUCAUCUCUUGUCUGAGCGCCCAUGUCCUGCGGCCGCGACGCCUGCCUCCGCCCCGAACACAUGAAACCGUAACCGGCCGCGGCUCUCCUCCUCGUCCGUCGCCUCUUGUCCUCCAUCGAGACCUGUCGUCCACGAGCGCGGCCGAGCUGGGGGGGAAUCCGGGCAAAGGGAGCCGCGGCGCCGCGCACCGGCCGACGGACAUCCCGCCGCGACGCACCGCCAACAUGCUCACGCGGGUCAAGUCGGCCGUGGCCGGGUUCAUGGGUGGCAUCAUGGCCGGGGGCGGCUCCGGCGGCGGGGGCAACCCUGGCUCCGAGCUGCCGAUGAAAUUCCCCUAUAUGAGACCCGAGUUCCUCGGACUGUCCCCGGAUGAGAUCGAGUGCUCCGCGGACCACAUCGCCCGGCCCAUUCUCAUCCUGAAGGAAACCAGGAGAUUACCGUGGGCCACCGGAUACGCAGAGGUCAUUAACGCAGGUAAGAGCGCGCUGAAUGAGGACCAGGCCUGCUGUGAGCUGGUCGUGGCCAGAAGGAGACCCAUGAGCUACUGCCCUCCCUCCACACCCAGCAAAACCCCCACGGCCAAGAGGCGCAACUCCCUGCCCAACGGAGAGGGCCUGGGCUUCCGCAUGGAGCACAGCAGACUGGGAGAGGACAGUGAGGGUCUGGUGUUCCACUACUGGGCUCUGUUCGAUGGCCACGCUGGUUCGGGCGCGGCGGUCGUGGCCUCCCGCCUGCUGCAGCACCACAUUGCCUGUCAGCUGCAGGCCGUCAUCGAGAUUCUGCGCAACCUGACCUCCCCGCCGCCCACGGUGAUGGGCGAGGAGGCCGAGGACAACCCCUACCUCCAGGGGAACACUCCGGGCCCCCCCCGGGCCCUGACCAGGGCGGCCUCGCUGCGCGGGGCGGCCGGAGCGCCCAGCUCCCCCUGUAACACGCCGCCGCCGCCUCGCUUCUUCAUUGAGAAGAAGAUCCAGCACGAAAGCCUGGUGAUAGGAGCCAUAGAGAACGCCUUCAAGGAGAUGGAUGCCCAGAUUGAGAGGGAGAAACAGGUUUACAACAUCACAGGAGGCUGCACAGCUCUCACUGUCGUCUACCUGCUCGGGAAGCUGUACGUGGGGAACGCAGGCGACAGCAGGGCAAUCAUUAUUAGAAACAAUGAGAUCAUCCCCAUGUCAGCUGAGUUCACGCCAGAGUCAGAAAGGCAGCGACUCCAGUUCCUGGGCUUCAUGCAGCCUCACCUGUUAGGAAAUGAGUUCACGCACCUGGAGUUUCCCCGGAGGGUCCAGAGGAAGGAGGUAGGCAAGAGGAUGCUCUACCGGGACUUCACCAUGAGCGGCUGGGCAUAUAAGACCAUUGAGGAUGAAGAUCUCAAGUUUCCGUUGAUAUAUGGUGAAGGGAAGAAGGCCCGGGUGCUGGCCACCAUCGGCGUGACCCGCGGCCUCGGCGACCACGACCUCAAAGUUCACGACUCCAACAUCUACAUCAAGCCGUUCCUGUCCUGUUGCCCUGAGGUGCGGGUCUACAACCUGAUGCAGUACGAGCACGGCGCUGAUGACGUGCUGGUGAUGGGAUCGGACGGACUCUGGGACGUCCUCUCCAACCAGGAAGUGGGCGAGGCCGUCACCACCUUCCUCGCCAACUGCGACCCCGACGACCUGCACCGGUACACGAUGGCGGCGCAGGACCUGGUGAUGCGAGCGCGCGGCGUGCUGAGGGACAGAGGCUGGAGGAUCACGAACGAGCGCCUGGGCUCCGGAGACGACAUUUCCGUCUUCAUCAUACCGCUGAUGUACGGAAACCGUCAGCCCUGAGGAGCUCGCCAGACGAGCGAGAGGGGCCUCCGGGCUCUCACGGGACCUCUGUACGGUUUCUUCUGUGCCCUUUGCACACGUUUCUUCUUCCUCGGAGCAAAGUGGAGUGAAACGCGCGGCGGUGCGUCGUUUGUCUGCAGGAGUUCAGAGUUCUGUCAUUUACAACCCUUGACGGGAAGAUAUAAUCUGGCCUCUCAUAAGUGAGUCUGGACUUCUGCAGAAGUGGGGAAGCUGCAGUGACGCAGGUGAAAGUGAGAGUGAAGAAAACCUUUCCUGUUGUCCUUCUCUUAACCUCUCCUGUAACGCUGUACAGUCCGCUUCUCUCUUUUAGACCCCACGUCCAUCAUGAAGCUGUGAAGUUAGCUUGUUUUUAAAAAGAUAAAUGACCUCCAUUGUGCGACCGUGGACCGAGCUGACAGCCCGGACGCACUUCCCCGUUUGCCACAGUGUGGCUUUGAAGGGUCCUUUUAAUGAAGGCUGCUUCCAGUUUGCUGAACAGAUCGCGAAACGCUGACAACGAAGAGACCAAGACCUAAACCUUUAUAUUAGCAGCAACGCAGAUUCUGUUUUAAAUUAGGCUUAGAAGGAUCUCAGUCUGUUUGGUGGCGACGUGUCACAUUAGAAGGUAAAUCUGGACUGUUACAUCUGUUUACUUCUCUAUUAGUGACAGUGUCAGUAUCGUGAAUUUGAGGCAAAGCUCCAGAAGACGAAGCUGCUUCUUGCCCAGAGUUGAAUGAGAAAAUUGACCUAUUGUUAACUUACUUAAUGAUGUGGGAUUUAAUGUCAACCCUCAAUUAGUGUCAGCUAAGGUGAAGCAGCGAUCGCCAUCUUCUCAUCUAACUCCUGGCAAAUAGGCACAUUUUCUAAACCGUAUGCUGAGAAACGCAACACGUCCCCAUUAAUAAACACCUUUUCUACACUCUUUAAGGGUGAAAUAUAGUGGGUUAUAAAUUAGCUUUAUGUCAGUAUAGGUGCACUUUAGGCCGGCCCGCAUCACUUACCACGGAUUUAUGUAAAUGAUGACGAGGCAAAUAUUCCCUGUAGCAGGGAGGUAUAAAUCAAAUUUAUAAUUGUCAUUUUGAGAAAUCAUGAAAUACAAUCAAAGCCGAGCGAAGCAGUUCCUGAGGCAAUGUUCCUUUCGCACAUUUUGGAUGAUUCGUAAGCGUUAGGCGUCUUCAGAGGGACGUUUGGGGAACAACCACGUCUUGUUUGUUGGAUGUAGUGAUUUUCCUGUGUAUCAGUGAAUGCAGUGACACGUAGGCCCGGGAUUCGGAGUAACAGUGCAAUGACUUACAUGGCUUUUUAUUUGUUUUGUUUCGUUUUGUAUGGGUUGAAUCUGCAGUUGUGUAAUGUAGCAAUGACACAGUCCCGUCAUUUGUUUGUGUUGAGACAUGCAUAUGUGUAUUGGCUUGUUUUGGAUACUUCGUUACAGGUUCAGUGGACGGGGGAACGGAAUGUUUCACCCCUUUUCUACAUUAGUAUUCUUUAUUCAUGCAAGCACGACUGGGUUAAGCUGCAGGAGAGAACGAAUUUAGCUUUUAGAGGAUCGAUAGCAAAACGAUUCCAAGGAGAGAGAGAGGAAAUGAAUGGCAGCAGCUUAGAUGAUAUAAAAUCUACCCGUGUAGUGGAUCUGUAGGUUUGUCUUACCUUUCUUGGCUCCAAAGUUACUUUAUUGAACAAAGACCAUCAAUCCAAUGGUUAAUAUUGAAACGGUCUAGUUCCCAGAAAUGCAAAAGGAGAAGUUUGAUGGCGUUAAUCUUCAGCCCUCUCAACACGUCUACUGCUAAACGCACAAAAGUGUACUUCUCAAACUAUUCCUGAGUCACAUGACAUGUGCCCGUACGUCGGCCGGGCUGUUGAUCAUCUCAGCCUGGGCCUUUUGCGUCGUACACCUUUCUAGCUAGCGUUCCUGAAAGCAGCAGUCGCUCAGAUUCACCUGAACUUCAUGCGGUGCAUUUUUUCCAUCAAGGUGUUCCAUUGGCUUCAUCGUGUGAAGUUGUGCUGUUGAGCUGCGUCUCAUCCUGCAUCCGUUGUUAGUUAAUCGUUAAAGUUUCUUUCAAGCUUGUUCUCUUUAGUUUAUUGAAUGUAUGCUUUUAUAUUUAUAUAUAUAUAUAUAUAUAUAUAAUUUCUUUUAAGUCCAGACUGUCUUGCCUCCGUCUAAGCCUUAUCUUAGCACGCAUCCCGUUCAGGAGAGCGACUUUGACCAGACUUCAUCUGACAUCAUGUGAAUGUUGUGAACGGUGCGCGUGUGAGGAUAAAUGAUGAUCGAGGCAUUACGUUAUGUUCUGAAUCUCUGCUUUUUUUUCCUCCUAGAUGAAUGUCACACAGUGAACGUGCGACUUAUUUAUUUGCGUCCUACUGUGCCACCCACCUGCUGCACAUUAACUCAGGUUCGACUGUCGCGUGGUAGUGGUUGGGGGCGGUUUUCUAGAGACGGGUGCUCUGCGAUGCUGUUAUUUGUGUUAACGCUGCAUUUGUAAGCAUGGCCGGGGUUUGGCUCCUAGACUUUAAAGCUGACUUAAUCCCUCCAGUCCAAGCUGUAGAUUUCCCUCUCUGAAGAUGCUGUAGUGUAAAAGUAGUAACUGCUCCUGUUCUCUUUUUUUUUCUAUUUAAACUUUGGACUUUUAUUUUGUAGCAAAGAGGAAGUUUUAAGCCCAGUGGGGAACCGUUUGGAAGUGACCAUUGUGCUCUCCUCAACCUCUCCAUUUGUGAAUGUGAAAUGUACAUUUUAUAUAACAAAAACAUCAGUUGUGGAGUCCGAAAAAUAUUUUUAAUGUUUCCUUGUGCAACUCUGACUUUGGGGGAAGGCAAUGUUUACCUUUUAAUGAUUCUUUUCCAGAAAUAAAAAAAAGAGAAUAAAUGUUCAAGAUCAAUGUAAAAA